AUGAUUAAAGACCCGUCUGAGUCUAUGACGUUUGGCAGGUCGCUCCUGCUACGUGUAGAUGGGGCCAUUGGUGCAAUGUCGUUGUCCCCCAACGGGAGAGACGCCGUUUUAGCAGGCAGAAGAGGACUCUUCAUUAUUGAUCUUGAUGACCCCUUCACUACUCCACGUUGGCUUCACCAUAUUACAUCCUGGGAGGUUGCAGAUGUGCAGUGGUCGCCUCACCACAGUUCCAAGCCGUCCUGGUGUAUUUCAACAUCUAAUCAAAAGGCUCUCUUGUGGGACUUAUCUAGACCAUCAAACAACGCCAUUCUGCAUGUCUUGCACAAGCACACUAGAGCCAUAACAGACAUAAAUUUCCACCCUUCCGAUCCAGAAGUUCUAGCAACUUGCUCAAUUGACACCUUUGUGUAUGCUUGGGAUAUGAGAUGCCCUCGUAGACCAGUUUCUCAGUGGGCCGAAUGGAGAGCUGGAGCUACCCAGGUGAAAUGGAACCACGAGAACCCUCACGAGAUAGCCACAUCCCACGACAAUAGUUUUUACAUAUGGGACGAUAGGAAGGGAGCUCUUCCGGUUGUGAAAGUAAGCAUGGCACACAGGGGGAAAAUCAACGGAUUGGACUUCAGCAAUGGGUCUCUGAAUAUUAUAACUUGUUCGAAUGACCACACAGUGAAGUUUUGGAACUUGAAGUCAGAAAGAUCGAAGAAGUAUAUAGACGAGUUCAAUUUUUUCAGUUCUGAUCAUCACCACCAUAAUAACAGUAGUAGUGGCAGCCAUAAUGGCAAUAUUGACACAGUUGGUGGCCCAUUGGAGCCUAGUGUGGUAAUUCAUACGGAUUUUCCUGUGGCUAGGGCUAGAAGUUUGCCCUUUGGAACCGACAAAGCAUGUGGGAUAAUGCCUUCGAGAGGCGGUGGAGACGCAAUACAUGUUUCAAACUAUGACAACGCUUAUAAUGAAGCAAUAGAGUCGGGUAAAACUGUUGAAAUACAAAUGAACCCAGUAUAUAGCUUUAAUGGUCAUGAAGGUUCGAUAAAAGACUUUCUUUGGCGUACAAGACAUGAAAAGUACGAAGGGAUAUCAGAUAAUUCCUCGCAGCACAACGAUUUUCAACUUGUUACCUGGUCUUCACAGGAUUAUGACUUAAAGCUUUGGCCACAUAGUGAUGAAUUAUAUAGAGAGGUCAAUUACAACCCUUUGCAUCAAAAUUUGCUACCGGAAGCGGUCCCUGACGAAAACAAAGACAACAAAGAUGCUUCCACCCCUUUUACAUAUGAAACUUAUAUUACCGAACCACCUGUCACUAUAGAUGAUAUUACCAAGGGUAAUAAGAAUGACUUGUUGUCAUCAAUGACAAUGUAUCAAAUAGUCAAAAAGAACUUCAGACAACAGCAUGGAAAUAAUCAGCUUAACCAUCUUGAUUGGAUAUCAGGUGUUCGUAUGGGAAAAUCAGCGAAUAGCAACAAUAAUAAUACUCUAAACAACUAUAAUGCGAAUAGCAACACCAACCAUACCCCUGCAAAUAAUUCGAACAAUUUGUCCGACUCUACGACUCUUAUCGGGAAUGUUGACAGUCAUAAUACAUCUCUCGAAGAAGAUAGUGGGCCCUCAAACUUGGGAGAAGAAGUAAGUUAUGUUGGACAUAAAUUCCCCAAGAUCAGGUUUGAGAAAAUAUCGGUAUCUACUGGUGAGUUAAUCAUAAGCUUAAGGGGCCCGAUUUCAAGCUCAGAUCCUGACGAAUCGUCAGGGAACACUGAAGCUUCCAAUACCGGAGGCGAGCAUGAGCUUACGAAAGAUAAAAUUGUUGAGAGCCAGAGUGAGACUGAUAAUGACAAAGAAGUUACCGAUGAUAAGAGGAGCAAUGCAGAUAACGCAUCUCUUGUAAACACCACGGCAAAUACUUCAAUCACCAAUGCUUCAACAGGAGGUUUAACAAACGCUGGAAGUAAUCACAUAUCUAAUAUAGGGAAUCUACAAAUUCUGGCUAAUACGGAUGAAGAUACAAAUGAACAAAAGCUUGCAUUUAUUCGUAUGAAGGUGAAGUUUCCAAAAAAUUACCCACAUUUAGAGCAGUUACCUUCUUCUGCAACUACUAGUGCAAAACAAUUGCUCAAGCUACAAAAAAUAAACCUUAUAAAGUUUAAUAUCGAAGAGACACAUGAACUUACUUCCAGUAUUAGAUUAAAGAUGUUGGACACACUUAAUGACAUUGCAGAGUUCUAUACUAAUAAAUACCAAAGAUUUUGUUUAGAACCAUGCUUGAGGUUUUUGAUGGGUGAUAAGAUCGAUUUAACUGACUCCAUACUUAUGGAACUGGAUAAUGCAAUUGCUGAAGAUGAAGAAGAAGGUGAAAUUGAGAUUGGGACUGAAGGAUGGGCAGAUGAUUUAAUUAACCAACAACCUGACGUAAAUUAUACUACCAGUGAAAUUAAUGACGAUAAUGAAUAUGAGUAUGAUGAUUUUGAUCUUAUGCCAGCAGUUCAAGAAGAUGAUAUGAAAAGUAGUACGGACUCUCUUAAAAAGGAUUAUCUUAUUGCAGCAGGAAAUCAGAAGGUAGAUGAAGGAAAUGGAGAUCUAGCAGAAAAAGCAAGUGCUCCUUUAUUCGACUCAACACCAGUUCCUAAGGGAUGUGGGGCGAUGUGGACCCAUUCAGGUCAAUUGGUGUGCUUCUUCAUUCCCAAGGAAAACGCAGAGGAAGAGAAUACGAAGGCUCUACAGAAAUUUAACAUUUUCAAAUUUACGGAUGGUGGCUUCAGUGUGAAUACAAACAAUGGUCACCAUCAUCACAGUCAUCGUCGAAAUCCUAGUAAAGAUGAUUCGGAAGAACUUCAGUCGCUUAGUUCAGGAACAGAAUCAGACGAAGACCUUGAAACUGAUGAAGAAUCGUACGAUUAUGAAGAUGAAUUUGAUAAUGAUGAUUCUAACGACUCCUACUCUGAUUCAGAUUCUUCUUCCAGCUCGGAAGAUAGCUUCACAAAUGAUUGGGAUGAUAUUUUACUUGAUGAUGUGACAACUAGAACCCGGAUUCCUGGUCUUUUUAAAACGUCAGUUGGCCUAGGAAAUAGAUAUAUAGCUAGAGGAGGAGGAAGAGUAGGAAGCGGUACUGGAACGGGAACUGGAACUGGAGGACAAUAUAGUGGAGGAAGAUCACUAAUAAAGUUUCAAAGCAAUGGGAAUACAUCAAAUAGGCAAUCAUCAUUGCAUGGUACAAUCGGAGGCAAUAGUACUAAGAAGAAAAGCAAAAAAUCCAAGGGAUCGAAGGCAAAUUUGAACAUUGUUGGUAUAUUUGACUUGAGGCAUUUAAUUCCAGACAAAUAUGAAUUAGCUUGCGAAUAUAGAGUAUUAGGAGAUUCUCCAGAAAAGUUGGCAAAAUACAAUGCCGAAAUAGCAUUCAAAUAUGGACUAAAGGAAAUAGGAGAUGUCUGGAAGAUUUUGGAGAUGGUCUUGAUCAAAGAUGUUGAAAUUAAUGAGAUAAAGCCUGUAUACUAUUCCCCUGAGACAUUAGGAGAAGGUGGGAGCUACAAAAUUGAGGCACUAAAUCAACUAAUAAACAACUCUGGUAUCAUCAAAAGAGCUGGUACGACGCCAACUGAUAAAAGUUAUAGAUUUUAUUGGGGGGCCCAUCCUUUUGGACAUGCAUGGCUCAUUGAACAGAUAUUUAGAUACUUUGAGAAAUUGGGGAAUAAUCAGAUGCUUGCAAUGUUAUCAUGUAUUUUGUAUGAAAAUUCAAACAAUUUAAAGAAUGUGUCUGGCUCUAAUGGGGAAGUGAUCAAUGUUCCUAUACAUACCCCUUAUGGGGCCUUACCUCCACCUCCUUCAGUGAUUGCACUAAGACAUUAUGGGACAUCCUUAGCACAGGAGAAUGGUCGCAAAUAUUCCUUCGAUGAAGAAAUAAGCUACCUGCAGAAUGGGUCGAAUUCCUUUCAAUUUGAUAGACAAAGAAAUGCAUCAGCUGGUCUGGUGGUUCAAACCGGAUCAGUCGGAGCUAUGGGUUCUAUUCACGCUUUAAGUGGCCUCAGCCCCGGCCCAUUCUACGCGAGAUCUACCAACUCUUCAAUUGACGGGGAAAGUCUAAAGGAUGGAACAUCGCCUGAGAGAUUUGGUAGCAAUUUCAGAAAACCUAUCCAGCAUAGUUCAACAUUGAAUUCGUUUUCAGAGUAUGGAACUCCUGCUUAUGAUUUAGCAGAUACUACGAAUAUUAGUAGCCACAGAAAUAAAUUUAUUUCUAGAAGAAGUGCUACCUUCCAAUCUGAUACACAGCAGCAAAGAAGGAGAGGUGUUAUUAACGGCAGUGUAGGUGGGGGAUUUAAUGGAGACUAUGCCAAGAAACAAAUCAUGGCGACUCCUAAUACGCCAUACAUCAAAACAAGAGCUAGAAACCCCCCAAUAGUCACAUUAGAAUUAUUAAACACAGACAACCUAGACCUUUAUGAUGAUGUAUAUACACAGUCACUUCUUGGUUCUAGUAACGAAGAAAAAGUCAAGAUUUACAGAGAGCAAUAUGCGGAUUUGUUGUAUAUAUGGGGCUUACCGAUCAGCAGAAUCAAAAUUCUAAAGUUUAAUUAUCCGAAUGUUGAUAAAAUAGAAGACUACAAAUCACCCUUCAAUGUUCACAGAGGGUCUUUUGGAAUUAGAAAGAAGCUGGGCAAAAAUAAUGCAUAUAUCUCAGAUGAUACAAGUACCAGGUCUGUAACACCAGUGACAACUUCGUUGAACCAACCACAAGCUUGGAAUACAUCGAAGACCAAUUUUUUAAAAUAUUGUAACCUCUGCGGUUUACUUGUGACAAAGAGAUUGGUAAUUUGUACCAACUGUGAACAUGUUUUACAUUCUCACUGUGCAGCCGAGUGGUGGUCAAUUGAAGAAGAGACCCUUCUCGCUGAUAGUGAAGAUGCGAGCGAAGAGAGAGAUUUGCAGGAAUGCCCUAGUGGAUGUGGCUGUCAUUGCUUGAGCCAUAGAAUAUAG